CACGCUCACAUCGACGCGGACGACGGGCAGCGCGACUCGUAGGCCUGCUCACGCCCUCGCCACGUCCAUGCGCCCCCUCCACCUCUGCGCCCUCCUCUGCCUCACCGCUUGCGCAAAUGCACUCCAUUUCUACUUGGAUACCGACGAGAAGCGCUGCUUCAUUGAGGAGCUUCCUACCGACACCAUUGUAGAGGGUCACUACCGAGCGCUGGAAUGGUCAGAAAAGGACCAGGGGUACGUCGAGAACCCGGAGCUGGGAGUCCUUGUGGAAGUAGAUGAACUAGAAACGAGCCACAACGUCGUGAAGACGCGCGGCCCACCGGACGGCCGCUUCACGUUCACGUCGCACGAGGCGGGCGAUCACUCCAUCUGUCUCUCGGCGGCGUACCCGUCGUCCGGGUCGUGGUUCGGCGCGACGCACGUCCGGAUCUACCUCGACAUCGUCGUCGGCGCGACGAAGGCCGACACGGAGCACGACCGCACACACAUCUCCGAGCUCUCCUCGAAGCUGCGCGACCUCAAUCAGAAGCUCGAGGACAUCCGCCGCGAGCAGCAGUACCAGCGCGAGCGCGAGUCCAACUUCCGCGACCUCAGCGAGUCCACGAACUCGCGCGCGGUGUGGUACAGUCUCGCCCAAAUCGUUGUGCUGGUCAUGACGUGUGCGUGGCAGUUGAGGCAUUUGAGGCGGUUCUUCGAGGACAGGAAAAUGCAUUGACUUUUGGCAUAACAUGUUUGGGCCUGGACUCCAUAUGUAGACUAUUCCUCAGCUAUAUCUUACCCUGCAAAACAUGUUGUGGUGCAGGUGUCAUCAGUGCGGAAGACACUUAAAAUCAGGUUGCAUCUACCAGAAGUGAGUGAAAAAGCUGAGGCAAGCACUGAGAUCUACCGGGGUGUAUGAUGGGACUUGGACAUGUAAUGUAGAUAUGAAUUUGAAUAGAAACAUUGGUGGUAGGAGCAAAUCAGAUGCACAGUACAUAAGGUUAUGCAAUGUAGUCUAUGACAAUGAGAAG